CGCCUUCGAGUGGAUGAUUGGAUAGGAGCGCGGCGGUGGGCGAUGGAUCAUUCUUGUUUCUGGGCUAUUACCUUAAUUUGAUUCAAGAAGAUGCGCUACGUUGCUGCUUAUUUGUUGGUUGCCCUCGCCAAGGAAGACGUCAAGCCCGCCGAUGUCAAGAACGUGUUGAAGUCCGCUGGCGUCGAAGUCGACGCGGAGCGCCUCGAAAAGCUCUUCGAAGACAUCGCUGACAAGUCGAUCGACGAAAUCAUCGCGGCCGGCUCGUCCAAGCUCGCCAAGUUCGGCGGCGGUGGCGCUGCCGCCCCUGCUGCCGCUGCUGCGGGUGCUGCUGACGCCCCUGCCGCUGGCAAGAAGGAAGAAAAGAAGGAAGAAGAAGAAGAAGCUGACCUUGGCGGUGGCAUGGACAUGUUCGGCGGCGGAUCGGACUACUAAGCGCCAUGCGUGCCAUGCAGUCAUUCUCCAGCGACUGGGCUCGAUGCUCCUCUCUCCAACAUUGUGUUGGCCGCGCCAUCAGAAUAUAGGCACUUCGUCCAAAUAUUGUGCAGGUGAUUGAGUAACACAAUGAUGUAGCCGUAGCGCAAUCAUCUCUUCUCCCCGUGUUAAGAGUUGCUCACGAUACGACCCUCACUGAAUCAAACACCCUUUCGACUGCUUGCGCAUGUCUGGAG